AUGAAGUGGCACCCGGAUAAACACUUAAAUGAGGAAGAUAAAAAAAUUGCAGAAGAAAAAUUUAAAAAUAUUUCUGAAGCUUAUGAAGUUUUAUCAGAUCCAGAUAAAAAAAGAACUUAUGAUUUAUAUGGUGAAGAAGGCGUGAAAGGAAAUAUGUCUGCUGAUGAUGUCAAUUUUUUUAAUGCUGGAAUGGACCCAUCUGAUUUAUUCAAUAAAUUUUUCAAUUCUAGCAACAGUUUUUCAUUUACAUCAGUUUUCGACGAUGAUUUCUCUCCAUUCACGUCCUUCGUUCAUAAUAUGAAUACAGGACCUGGAAGGUCUGGGAGUUCAGGAAAGAAUUCGGAAGUUUAUAAGUCAGAUACAUACGAAGUAAGUCUUAUGUUGUCAUUGGAAGAGUUAUACAAUGGAUGUAAAAAGAAACUCAAAAUUACAAGGAAAAGAUUUAAUGGAACUCAAAGUUACGAUGAUGAUAAAUUAGUAACUAUCGAUGUAAAAGCAGGGUGGAAUGAAGGAACAACAAUUACAUUUUAUGGAGAAGGUGAUCAAUCAUCUCCUUUGCUAGAACCAGGUGAUUUAAUUUUCAAGGUAAAAAUAAAAGAGCACGAACGUUUUAUAAGGGAAGGUAAUAAUUUGAUUUACAAAUGUCACGUGCCUCUAGAUAAAGCCUUAACAGGCUUUCAAUUUGUAGUUAAAUCAUUAGAUAACAGAGAAAUAAAUAUAAGAGUAGAUGAUAUUGUUACACCUAAUUCAAGAAGAAUGAUUCCAAAGGAAGGAAUGCCUUCUUCAAAAAAUCCAGCAAAACGUGGAGAUUUAAUAAUUGAUUUUGAGGUUAUAUUUCCAAAAAGCUUAACCAAUGAAAGAAAAAAAUUAAUAAGGGAAGUUUUAGCUAAUACAUUUUAA